AUGUCUUUCGAUAUUGACCGCGACGUAUCCAGCUUGAUGAUGAGCAAGUUCGGCCGACCUGGCGUCGACCUGUUAAGCGAUGACAAGACAUCGCUGGCCUCCCUUGCGCUGGUCAACAGUGAAUCUUGCGAUGGACAAGUCGACUCAGUUAUCCAAACCCGGUAUUGGUGCUUGUAUCCGCAGAGUUUUGCAUCUCGUCCGGACUAUGUUGCAAAUUCUCAUCGAGAGCUUUAUGAGUCAAUUUUUGGUGAUGACGCAGGAUCAGUCACCAUCGAACAACGAAAGAUACUCUACAAGGAAGCGGGUGAGAAGUAUGUGGUGGUGCGAACAGCUGCAGUCGAGGCCAUCUCAGCAUUGCCGAACCUUGAAACUCUCAGCUGGGGAGAUGGGUAUUCUCUGGAUAAGACCUUUUUCGAAACGAUAACGCGGUGCACGGCGCGGCAUAUCGAGCUGGACAAGCUGGCAAUUGACGACGCCUGGUCGUUAAAACCACUUUUAACACCCACGGCCUGGCCACUUAGGUCGUUGAAUCUCGACGUUAGUAUGGCGUUGGAUAAAUGGUAUGAACUUGAAGGGAAAGGCAAGACUACAACGCAUCACCUUGCAACCUUUUUCUCAACCUUGUUCCACCUCUACUCGCCAACACUUGAGUCUCUGUCUUGGUCUUAUUUGGAACUUAUCAGACAUGAUGGCGUUCCUGAUUCGAUCGGAGAGACGGCCAUAUCAUUUCCUCGCCUGAGAUACUUGCGGCUGAACUUUCUCAAACUCGACAGCGUUGCUAUUUCAUCUUUUCUCGCAGCGCCUCUCAAGUCCCUUGACUUACCCGUCAAGAUAUUAGAUGAUCCUUCGACCUUGGAUUGCGAGCCUUUACGAGAUCUUGGAGCCUUUACUGUUGCUCAUCUGCCACGAGAGGCUUCAGCUUGUAAACGCAUUGCAAAGUUCAUCUCACGGCACACAGGAAUACGCAGACUGUAUAUCCACGAGAGCAAAUUGGCCUUGGGGGAUACAGCAUAUCUCGAUCGUUUUAUUAUCCCGACACUCAGCAGCCUCGACUUCAGCAACCUCGCGUCUUUAUUCCUAGUAUGGGGAGGAGCACCCAACGCUCAAAUCCCUGAAGAGUCCCUACGAAUAAUUGGACAACUUGCUUCUCUGGAGCAACUGAGCCUCUGUGCUGGAAAAUUUUUUGGGUGGCGACACCAGUGGCUCGUAGAUCAUGACAAACUUCGCCACCAUCUCAGCCAGCUCAAAGGACUCACGAAGCUAGCAUUAGUCCGUGAUACAUAUCCCGUCCCUUUGCCAGGGUCAAAGGUUUAA